UUUUAAUGUGAGUGCCCAUGCAAACAUUAUUUAUUUAUAAGUGUUUGUUUAUGUAUUUACUUUGUACUGCCUCAGCAUUGGCGAAGACAACAUAUUGCGAGAGAAAAAGUAAUUAUUCAAUAUUAGUGGACUGUAUGUGUUUUUAAAAUAAGGAGAAUUACACAGUUUCAUUUCUUAUCUAAUAUAUUGAAUAUUCUUAAGUGUAAUAAAACUAAAUAUAUUGAUGCGUACUGAAUGCCCCUUGGUAUCAACGUACAUGUUCAUUUUUGAACAAUUUCAUUAUGUCGAAAAGAACAUAUUUAAGUGGUUCACGAAAACGAAAAAAAGUUACAGCUCAAAAAGAAACAACGGAAAAACUUCCAAAAUCACUUCGUUUUUUACGGUUGAAGAAACAAAUAAGGCGAGGGAUUAUUCAUUCUCAUCACCGCAAGACAAAAGUAUCUCUGAAUGUCUCCAGGACAAAGAGGUUACAUGUGACGAAAAUGAAAAACAUACAUUAGAUGCUGAACCAUCGACUUCAAGCCACUGUGAAUUAAUAACUACAAGCUUAGAGAAUGUAACUGCGUCUCCUGACCCUAAAACUUACUGUGAAGACAUUUUACCGGAAGAAGUCCGUGAUAUUUGGAUUCGAAAAGGACCAGAGUUUUUACAAAAUAUAAAUAGUGACUUCUCUGAAACUUCUACAAGUUUUCCAGAUUCAAAGGGUAAAACGAAAACUAGAUACUUAACUAAAAACAUUUUUACUCGUAAAUUGACGAAUGGUGAGUCUUUACAAAGAAAAUGGCUCCUUUAUUCACCAGCAAAGAAAUCUGUAUACUGUUAUUGCUGCCGUCUUUUUAAUACCACUACUGGUACUGGACAUAAUUUAAGUUCUCCUAAUGGAUAUAAAGAUUGGAAGCAUAUAAGUAACUUAUUGAUAGAGCAUGAGAACAGUUUACAGCACAGGGAAUUUAUGAUGAAUUAUGUUGUAAGAAUGAAAACUACUGGACGAAUUGAUACUGAGUUGCAGUCCCAAUAUAAUACAGAAAUUAACUAUUGGAUGAAUGUGCUUAGGAGGAUUGUUGCAGUAGUGAAAUUUUUGGCUUCAAGAGGUCUUGCUUUUCGUGGCGAUAAUGAGACAUUAGAAUCGCAAAAUAAUGGGAAUUAUUUGGGAUGCUUAGAACUGAUUAGUGAAUUUGAUCCUUUUCUUGCUGAUCACAUACAAAACUGCGGAAAUCGUAGAAAAGGAAGUACAUGUAAAUAUUUGUAAUGAAUUUACUAAUUUAAUGGGACAGCAAGUUUUGAAAACCAUUGUCAAAGAACUUAAAUCAGCAAAAUACUAUUCUAUUAGCGUAGAUUCUACGCCAGAUCUGUCCCACGUUGACCAACUAACUUUCAUAGUUAGAUACGUAAAAGACGGACAGCCUAUUGAGAGAUUUAUGCGAUUUUUGCCUAUGGAUAAACAUAAUGUGCAAUAUAUAGCAGAUAUCAUUUUAAACUUUUUUGAAAGCCUUGAUAUUCCUAUAAAAGAUUGUCGCGGGCAGAGCUAUGACAAUGCAUCAAAUAUGUCUGGUAAGUACUCUGGUGUUCAGUCAAGAAUAAAAGAAAUUUCCGAAUUUGCGAUUUACGUUACGUGGGUGCUCAGGCUGUUGAGUGUGUUACUGAAGCGUUAUCAUUCUUUCAAUUUGUACAAAAAUUGUUCAAUUUUUUCUCAGCUUCGACAAAACGAUGGAAAAUUUUCACAGAGCAUUUAGGAGCAAAUAGAGUCCUAAAGUCUCUUUCGGAAACUAGAUGGUCUGCACGUGCCAAAGCUACUAAUGCUUUGCAAAAUAGUUAUUUAAAUAUUUCUAAAGCAUUGUCUUCAAUAGCCAGUGACACCAAUCAACCAGGAGACACUAGAAAGGAAGCCCAAAGCAAAAAAAAGGGAAAAUUUGAGACUGCUCUUCUAACGGAAAUAUGGAAUGAUCUUUUGGGAAUUAUGAAUAAAACAACCCUAAGUUUAGAGAAUAGCACCCUGACCAUGGACGUUGUAACGAAACUUUAUGAAUCUCUGAUCAGUUACGUCAAUACGGCACGCAAUAAUUUUGAUCAGUACGAAACGGCUGCUAAAGAAAUAAAUCCAUUUGCUGACUACAAAAAUACAUUUGAAAGAAAAAGAAAUCGCAGCACAAGCAUCACUUUUUUUGAAGGAUCAUCAGAGACUGCACAGUUGAGAGGCAAGGAUAAGUUUCGUGUAGAUACUUUCAUUCCCAUAAUUGACACAUUAAAUACACAUUUAAAAAAACGUUCGGCAGCAUACAAAGAAAUUUAUAGUCGAUUUAGUUUUCUUUGUCAGUUAACAACAAUUGAAUCUGGCGAGUUGAUCAAGAAAUGCAAAGAAUUUUCAGAAUUUUAUCAUGAAGAUAUUAAUGCAGAUGAGCUCAAAACAGAAUGUUUUCAUUUAAGCCAAUAUUUAAAAAGCACAGCAAAGCAAUCAGUGGAUUUAAAUAUCUCAAACUUACAUAACCUAAUAAAAUCAGAUAAAUUGGGAGAAACUUUUCCAAACGUAGAAAUUGCUACUAGAAUAUUCCUUUGUCUUAUGGUUACCAAUUGAUAUCCUUCAAAAAAUUGACUUUAAAUAAUAGAUAAUUUAUAUAAUAGAGGAUUUUGCUCAACAGAAAUCCCGAAAGAAAUCGUUAUGUUAAUAUCGUAAUCACACACACACAUACACGCAUCAUCAUUAAUGACAUUUAUAUCAUACUGUAUUUGAUUAUCUUUAUUAAAUGUAAAAAUUUAGCAUAAGUCGUUUUUUUUUUUACUUUCAAAAAGGACCCCGAAUUCUUGUGGGCCCAAGAGCCCCAGCUUGGUUUAAGACGGCCCUGAGUAGGCGCGAUUGAUUUCAUAAGUUUUAAUUGAUCCGAUAUCAUAAUUUUUGUGUCUACAUACUGGUCUAAGCAGUUUUCAAAUUUGGCGUAAGCCGAAGAUUUAAAAUUUUCGGGUAGAUCUGAAUCAUCAGUUUCUACGAUUAAGUCAUAUACAGCUUGGAGACGUGUCCAAAAAUUUUCAAUUGUUUGACCUUUUAUUUCUAGUGCCGAUUCAGAAUUAUCUUGCAUCGGCGAAGAAGCAAAACGAGUGCAGUAUCUAAUUAGACUGUCACUCUCAGUAAUGAAUUUAGUAUAUAAUAUGUCUUUCCCCCUUUCCCCUUUUUUGUUUUGUGGUACCCUGCUUAGAGCGUGUAGCUUCUGCAGGUGCUCAUGGACUCUUAUCGUCAGAAAUCAUUUUAGAAAUUUUUAAAAAUUGAGUCGCUUUAGAUUCCUUUGAAUCUAUGUUCAUUUAGACAAUAGGGGUAUUCGGUAUCUGUUGUAUUUGCCAUUGUAUUUUUGUAUUCGUGGUUUCUGUGAUUUUUAUAGUAAGUGUAGUAAAAAUCCAACAACAAAAUAUACGUACCAUUCAAAUACAACAGUGUAAGAAAAUACAAUAGGGCGACCCUAUUGUAAUUGUGGUUUUUGUUUUGUACAUUUCUCACAGCUGAUCACAAUUAAAAAGAUGGCUGAACUGAUGGACGCUGUAAGUUUUUAUUGCUAAGAUUUUUUAAAUAUUUUAAUAAAAAGUCUAUUUUACAGAAGUUAAAAAAAGGAUAAAAUAAGGCGGCGGGAAAAGCCUAAUAAGAAAUGGACAGAAGAAGAAUUGGGACAAGUUCUUAACUAUUUGCAGGAGCAUCCGUCGUUUGAAAUACCUUCUGCGCAAAUUUAAAAAAAAAAAUUACUAUACGCAACAUGCGCACCGCAUACAACAAAGCAGAACAGUGGAGAAAUGGGACAGGCGCCGGCCUAUUAGAGGAACAAGGUAUCGUAAGCAUUGAACAAAAACUGAGCAAGAUGUGUUCCCAUUAUAAGCGAUUGCAGAGCAUAUUUUUAAGAGCAAAUCGGCCGACUCAACACAGUACGUGUUCUAGUCUGAAGAUGGUACAACUAAUCAUGGUGAUUGUGAAAUUAUUCAGCAGAGCGAAUAUGACAGUGGAUGUAUGUUCGUUGACGAAAUUGCGACAACGACUGAAAGCGAACAUGAUAAUGUAUUUUAUACGGUGCGGAAUGAUAUCGAAAUUUCAACACCAGUUUCUUCUAAACGAGCUCAAAAUAUAAAUGACAACAAGGCAGUUGAAUUCGCAGAAAAGAUGAGGAAAUCGGCACCGAAAACUGCAAUUACCAAAUUAUCUGCACUACAAUCGGAAAGAAAUGAGCUACAAUUGCAACGCUUAGAAUUAGAAAAGGAGAAACACAGAGACUACAUGGAAAGGGAGGAAAAACGGAUAAUUAUAGAAAAGGAAAAGUUUGUUUUGGAAAAAGAAAGACACGAGAAGAUGUUUGAGCUAGAAAAAGAAAAAUUAGCCAUAGAAAAAGAGAACAAUAAGGAUAAAUUAAAAAUUUUGGCUAUGGAGCUGAAGAUGAAGGAGCGGCAAGCACGUUAUGAGCUAGAACUCAAAUACAAUCAUUAAAACAGAAGCUAAGUUUCUUUCAGAAAACAGAAACCAAAAAUUACAUAUUUUCUUUUAU